AUGGGGAAAGGAUGGAAGCUGAAGCUACCGGAUGCUCUAUGGGCAUACUGCACAGCAUACAAGACACCCAUUGGAAUGUCACCCUACCAGAUUGUCUAUGGGAAAACUUACCACUUGCCCGUGGAGCUGGAGCACAGAGCGCACUGGGCCAUCAAAAAAUGGAAUAUGGAUUUAAAACAAGCCAGAGAGUACUGGAAGCGCCAGAUCUCAGAACUGGAGGAAUGGAGAGAUAAACCUUAUCACAGUGCCUCGAUCUACAAAGAAAGAACCAAGAGAUGGCAUGAUAAGCGGUUGAAGCCCAAGACCUUCAACCCAGGAGACAAGGUAUUACUUUUCAAUUCCAGGGUCAAACUGUUUAGUCAUGGAAAAUUGCGCAGCAAGUGGCUAGGACCAUACCACGUCAUCGACACAUCACCUCAUGGGGCUAUCACAAUACAAGAUGACGACAGUAACGCCUUUAAGAUAAAUGGUUAA